UGACGUCACUACGUACUUAUUCCAGCCUGAAAAUGUUCUCCCGUGUUGUUGGGUUUCGAGGGAGUGCAGGAUUUUGCUAUGAAAUAAUACAUUUUUCACCGUGAAGAAAACAUACAGAAACCGAAUAUUUUUUAGGCUGAACUUACUCGCGAUUUUGGCGACUUUGAAUAGUCUUUUUUUCUUCUGAGGGGGGUGAGACUACAACGGGAAGUUUGAGUGGUCGUUUUUCCCGGAGUGAUGUCGAAUCCUGGGACUCGGAGGAACGGUUCCAGCAUCAAAAUCCGGUUGACAGUAUUAUGUGCCAAGAACCUUGCAAAAAAAGACUUCUUUCGUCUACCGGAUCCUUUUGCCAAGGUUGUGGUGGAUGGAUCGGGGCAGUGCCACUCUACAGACACAGUCAAGAACACGUUGGACCCCAAAUGGAAUCAGCACUAUGAUCUUUACAUUGGAAAGACUGAUUCCAUCACCAUCAGUAUAUGGAACCACAAGAAGAUCCAUAAAAGACAGGGGGCAGGCUUCCUAGGCUGCAUACGACUGCUUUCCAAUGCCAUCAGCAGGCUAAAAGAUACAGGAUAUCAGCGUUUAGAUCUAUGUAAACUGAAUCCAUCAGACAGUGACGCAGUGCGUGGGCAGAUUGUAGUGAGCUUACAGACACGAGACCGCAUCGGCAGUGGUGGCCCUAUGGUAGACUGCAGAGGACUGCUGGAAAAUGAAGGGCCCGUGUUUGAAGGAUGUUUCAGUGAAGAGCCACUGCCCUAUUCUGACCCCACUGGAGCGGCAGGAGGGGGAAACUGUCACCUUGACUCACCCAGUCAAGAAAGCCGCCUGCAGACACAGAGAAUCAGAGGACAGGAUUCUAGAACUCAUAGCCACACCCCCCAGAAUAGGCCGCAUGGUCACCAACCGCCUGAUCUGCCUGAGGGAUACGAACAACGAACAACAGUACAAGGCCAAGUGUACUUCCUUCACACACAGACAGGAGUCAGCACUUGGCACGACCCUCGAAUACCUCGGGACCUGGCCAGUGUGAGCUGUGAGGAGCUUGGUCCUCUGCCAGUGGGCUGGGAGGUCCGAAGCACCGCGUCGGGUCGAAUCUACUUUGUGGACCACAACAACCGAACCACACAGUUCACAGAUCCUCGCCUGCACACUAUUAUCAGCCAGCAAUCCCAGGCAAAGGAGACCUCUCAAGCUCCCCCAAUGGAUGUGGGGGGUGAGGAGGGAGGAGGAGGAGGAGGAGAUGGUGAUGUUGCAGCACGCUAUGAAAGAGACUUGGUACAUAAGCUGAAGCUGCUUCGUCAUGAGCUUUCACUGCAGCAGCCUCAAGCAGGUCAUUGUCGCAUAGAGGUUUCCCGCGAGGAGAUAUUUGAGGAGUCGUAUCGCCAGAUAAUGAAGAUGAGGCCUAAAGACCUGAAGAAGCGUCUCAUGGUGAAGUUCAGGGGAGAGGAAGGUCUGGAUUACGGUGGUGUGGCCAGGGAAUGGCUGUACUUGCUGUGUCAUGAGAUGCUGAAUCCUUAUUACGGCCUGUUCCAGUACUCCACAGAUAAUAUUUACACACUACAAAUUAACCCCGACUCCUCCAUCAACCCGGAUCACUUGUCAUAUUUCCACUUUGUCGGUCGUGUGAUGGGCCUGGCAGUUUUCCACGGUCACUACAUCAACGGCAGCUUCACUCUUCCCUUCUACAAACAGCUGUUAGGCAAACCCAUCCAGCUCAGCGACCUGGAGACCACUGACCCUGAACUGCACAAGAGCCUCGUUUGGAUAUUAGAGAAUGACAUCACUUCAGUACUCGACCAUACGUUUUGUGUGGAGCACAACGCCUUUGGAAAGUUCCUACAACAUGAACUGAAACCUAACGGGCGUAACAUCCCCGUCACAGAGGAGAACAAAAAAGAAUACGUACGACUUUAUGUGAACUGGAGGUUCAUGCGGGGAAUCGAAGCCCAGUUCUUGGCUCUACAGAAAGGAUUCAUUGAGCUCAUCCCACAGCACCUACUCAAACCGUUUGACCAUAAAGAACUUGAGUUGAUCAUCGGUGGACUGGGGAAGAUAGAUCUCACAGACUGGAAGGCAAACACUCGCCUGAAGCACUGUACCAGUGAAAGCAACGUGGUGCGGUGGUUCUGGCAGGCGGUGGAGGCCUUCAGUGAGGAGAGGAGAGGACGGCUACUGCAGUUUGUCACCGGCUCCACCAGGGUCCCUCUACAGGGCUUCAAAGCUUUGCAGGGCUCUACAGGUUCUGCAGGACCAAGACUCUUCACCAUCCAUUUGAUUGAUGCCAACACAGACAACCUGCCCAAGGCUCACACAUGUUUCAACAGGAUAGACAUCCCUCCCUACGAGUCUUAUGAGAAACUUUAUGAGAAGCUGCUGACGGCAGUGGAGGAGACCUGUGGCUUCGCUGUGGAGUGAUGAAUCCGUAGACUCUUGCUUGCACCUGCACACAACUAAUGGACACUUUUCAUAUAUAUAUGUACACACAAACACAGUGGAUCCUGAAAGUAUUCACAACGCUUCACUUUUUCCACAUUUUAUGUUAUAGCCUUAUUCCAAAAUGGAGUAAAUUAACUUUU